AUGUGCUCUUUGCCCGAGUCGUCGAGUAGAAGAGUGCAAUAUUUGGCUGGAAUAUGCGUAUCAUUUGCUUUUACAUUCACCGGGGCAGUGUUAUCGUGGCCAUCGCCGGCAAUUCCAAAGUUCAGGAAUGGAGAAGCGAAUGUUCAAAUAACCGACGAACAAAGCUCGUGGGUUGUCGCACUAUGCCCACUCGGCGCGUUGCUUGGUUGUUAUUUUGGACAGCUUUUCAAUGAGAAAGUGGGUCGUCGCGUAACAAUCCUCGCGUCAGUGCUGCCCGGAUUUGUAGGUGCGGUAAUCAUUUUGUUCACCAAGGCACCAUGGCUUAUGUGUAUCGCAAGAGCUACCAUAGGAGUGGGGAAUGGUAUAACAGCAGUGGUCACAAUGGUGUAUAUAACAGAAAUAUCAGACAAAGAAAUUCGUGGGGGCCUCGGAAUGUUGGUGCAAGUAAUGAUGAAUACUGGCGGUUUACUCAUGUAUGGUAUAGGACCAUUUGUAUCCUAUACAACUCUUAACUCCAUAGUAUUAUCUAUUGUCGUUAUCUAUGGUAUAGGUUGUCUAUGGGUACCGGAAUCCCCGUAUUACCAUUUAAAAGAUGGACGGCUUGCUGCUGCUAAGAAAGAAUUUAUGAUUAUUAAGGGCACGAAGGAUGAAAAGUGGGCAGAUGAGCAGUUAUCAGUAAUGAGGUGCCACGUGAUAGAAAGUAUGGAGAAUAAGACAACGGUCAAGGAGCUUUUAACCAACACACGAUAUCGGAAAGCUAUUUACAUAGUGGCGGGACUCAAAGUAUUACAGUAUAUGACGGGGACGUGUGCGAUCCAGGCGUAUCUAGAGCCAAUUUUUCGUCAGAGCAGUUCCGUUUCUGGUCCUUAUGUGAGCAUUGUAUAUGGCUUCGUUCAACUUGGAGCAGGUAUCGGAGCUACCUUCCUCACUGGGUACGUGGGUAGACGCAUUUUAAUGCUAGUUUCGAGCACCGGUGUCGCCCUAUCACUAACCACAGUUGGAAUAUUCUUCUUCCUCCAAGACCACUAUCGACUUACACCGGAAAAAAUGUCAUCGAUAUCCGCGAUGCCACUUAUAGGCGUUUUAAGUUUCAACAUUCUCUAUAGUAUUGGUUUAGGCAACCUACCUUACAUAAUGCAGGCGGAAUUAUUCCCUAUAAACGUGAAAACGACGGCGUCUAGUCUAGCCACUGUGAUGGCGGCACUUCUAAAUUUCUUCGUCACAAAAUCGUAUCAGGGUAUCAAAGACACGUUCGGCCAUUACACGGUGUUCUGGUCUUUCGCGAGCAUAGCAUAUUUCGGUAUAUUUUUCAUUUACUUCUUCGUGCCGGAGACGAAAGGAAAGACCUUGGAGGAGGUUCAAGAUAACAUGAACGCGGAAGCGAUUGAAUUGGAGCACCUAAACAAAGAGUACGAUAAAACAAAGGAGUGA